CAAUAAUACACUUCCAGCCACGUUCAUAUACGUCAUAGAUUUCCCUGUACAUUCGCCCUCAAAACUUAAGAGAGAUAUAUGUACAGACGCGAAUUAUGCCUCAGUCCGCGUCUUCUUUUACUUCUUUUACUUCUCUGAUCGUCUAUAUUCAUAUCCACUAGCCAUUCCUCUAGUAAAGUCACCGCACGCCUCUGUCGGAUGAUAAUAAAAAAAUGACGAAACCACCAAGUAAAUUUUAUCCAAAUAUUGCCAGUAGACUUUACUUGAACACAUGAGACGAGAUGAAUUGAAGGUGACGAGAGGUGUUGUGAGUGAAGAACGAUGCAGGUGGUGUCCGUGUAAAGUGCGGUGGUAACCAGACCGUGUGUUUGCUCAAGAACGUGGCGCGUGUUUAUUUUUCUGGCGUACGUACGUCAAGAUGAAGUCGAAGAGCAAGAGCGAGAAAAGGGAGCUAACUAAGCAGGAAUUGGAGGAGAUCAAACAGGAAGCCGCCCAAAGAUACACUGACACCAGCUGGAAAAUAUUCCUGCAAAACCGAAAAAACGCCACUCUACCCUCUCUCAAGGAGAACACAAAUACGGAAGAAUCGCAUACAAAAUCCGAUACCAAUCAAUCUCCCGUCACAAAUGGCAUAUCCGGGCCAAAGCAAGUGACGGUUGAAAUAACCGAGUAUGACGUCAGACGACCAGCUCCAUUGGUUGAGAUCGAAAGUACUCAAGAGUACGACAGCUCUUCGUGCGACAUCUAUGAAAAGGUGCGAAAUGCAAACGAACCCAGAAGGGUGGUGCAAAUAGAGAGGGUAGCAGUGACGUAUGAGCCUCUCGAACGAUACGAUGGCGAUGUUGAUAUGAAUUAAUGUGGAUGGAAUUAACCGACAGAAUUAUUGAUGCAUCAGACAGAUAGAGAGAAUGUAUAAGAUCUUCAAGAUAUUCUCCGUUAUUCUAAGGAUAAUUCCAUAAUUGUCUUUUACAAAUAAUAUUCACAUAUGCCGUAGUCAAUGUAAACACACAUAUCAUUUUAUUUCCACGAACUGUAAACACAUUUUUAAU